AAUAAAUAGAAUUGUGGUUUAGCUGAAUGUAAUGUAUCAUAUUAGCUCAUGACCCACUCGUUGCUAGCUACACACAGGCAAAGAAUCUGUACGCUUAGAGCACAAGGCGCGUAGAAGCUUUCCACUCAUCUGGAAUGGAAUUACAUCCCGUUCAAAUAAUAAGUUUUAUCACCAAGAUGAACUGGAUAAGAUGCUAAUGGAGAAGCUUCAACUACCAGCACCCGACAACAAGGCUCAAUCGCAUUUUAUUUCAGCUGAAAUGCAAAAGAAUUUACUGGACAUUUGUCGCUGUGGGCGACCUAGGCAUGGCAUCCAUUUGACCAAGUGUCUGCAACGAGCUGUAAAUAAGAAUCUACAAUCUGAAGAAUCUGAAUCGAAAGCCGUAAAUAAAAUGCCUCAGACUUCAAAUUCAUUUAUUGGAUUUAAAACAGCUCCUUAUCAAAAGUUAGAACGGUCCAUGCAGUAUAUAUCGCCUACAAUCUCUAUGCCGGGGCCUCGUAUCACUGCUGCCCCAUACAAUGCCAUUAUUAUAGGUUGACA